UUUUAGAUAACUAGUAUGCCUCCCUGCGCUGUUGCGAGGUCUCUUCUUAUUUUUAUUUACACAUAUACAUACAUCCAUCCAUACUUACAUACAUUUUCGCUGCUCUGCUCUGCUCUGCUCUGCCGGCUUCUUUGCUGGGGUGAAUCUCUUGUGCAGCGCCUCUCGCAGUUUGUGUGACAUUGCUGUGUUUUCCCAGACGUCCAGACUUGAGCAGUAGGUGCAAUGGCUGUGGCGGCCGCAGCAAGAAUGGCCUGGCAACCUGUUGGGUCGAUUUCACCUACCAUCGUCCCUGUGCGGGGGAGAAGUGGGCGGGUGAAGUGCAUGAGCGAGAAUUCUGGCAGCAUCAAGCGAGGUGCCAUUGGUCUGCAGCGUUUUAAAGAGAGUGCAAUCCCUGGCAUGUAUUGGGGUGAUAGGACUGAAAUUGGAGAGGAAGUUGCAGUCAAGUUCACAACGGGAUCAGAAACUGUGACUGUCUCUGCGAAUGUGGGUGAUAACCUUCUCAAAGUAGCGGAGCAAUGCGGAGCCAUAGUUAUCUCAGAUGAUUUUUGCUUUGAAGGGUCGUGUUGUCACUGCGAAAUGGAAGUUAACGGUGGCGCCGUGGAGGUGGGUUAUCGUGCUGAAGUGAAAGGAGGGGAGCUAGUUCGCAGCUGCCUGUGUCCAGUGCCUAGCGGAAGGCGCACGGUGGAAGUUAACAUCAUCAAUAGUGAUGAUGGGUGGGAUGAUCUCAUGGUGUGAGGGAAAUUUCGGAGAGGGAUGCCCUGCUCCGAAAUACUGGUUGUUCACAAAGCAUCCAGCUUUUGGAAUUAAAAGCAUGUAGGGUUGCAUUGUAUUUUCAUGCAGUGGCCUUGUAGUCCAGCUCAAUGCAUCACACUACAAAUUAUGACUGUCUAGAUAGUGCUUGCGAAUAGGAGGUAAGUCACGGGAGGGUAAUGGAAGUUGACCAGUAUGAAGAACCAUGUUCAUGGUAUUCGUGAGGUCUGGGUAAUCAGCUUUGCUACCACAAAACACUAGGAUAGUAGCCGGUAAUGAAGAUUCCAUAUCAUUUUCAGGGCACCAAAGCACGCCGGCAAUCCAUGGUGGGUUUCGUAGUGGUACUGUGGGACUUGGCAUAAGAUCUUUGUACCUGUGUUCAAGGAUAUGUGUUCAUUUUCAGGGCAAAGUCAUCGACGGCAUCCGUUAAAAAGUAAUGUGUGAAAGAGUUAAUGCGACAUAACCAUGAAUCUUAUCACCA